AUGACUGGGUGUACAGGCACAGGAAGUGAAUGUUUUUGGUUGCCCUCUGCUGCAGCUGUAAUUGUCCUCUCUGUUAAGGUCUUUACCCAGAUCAUCCUCAGCCUCCUGUUUCCUAUUUCCACAGGUCACCUUUUUGUAAGAAGGUGGAUUACCACAGGUGAUGGUGUUUCUGGAGUUUUGCUCGUCCUAACCAAGGAUAAGAAGUACAGUUUUAAUGCCAUAACGGCCAAAGAUGCAUGCGAUGCUAUUAAAAUGAGAAUCGCUACAAAGGCUGAAGUGGAGACAGCAAACCAACAUGGCUUACAGACAUGCAGGUUUGGCUGGGUUGAAGAGCAAAUUGCAGUUAUUCCUCGAACAGAGAGACACCAAAGCUGUGGUAGUAACAAUCUGGGCGUUACUGUAUGGAGAGCUGACAUCAGCAAAUUGUUUGAUGUUUAUUGUUUUAAGCCAUCAGGUCCUGAAACAACAACAUCAAGAAUGCUUGAACCUACAACAGAAGGGGGCAGAACCUCACCAACCCACCAUUCUUCUACCACAUCAGUUGAUCCGUUAACCAUUCAUACUAGCUCUUCUCCUGUCACAUCUCUUCCUCCCUACUCAUCCCCAUCAUCCUUUUCCUCUCCAUUCAACACUUCCUCAAAAACAUUUAUCACAGUUAGUCUUUCCAGCAUUAAUGAAACUUCCCAGGCAGCAACAAGCACCCAGGUUCACUUGACUCCCAGAACCUUGACCAAAUUCUCGACCUCACACCCCUCAUCUUCCUUUCAUUCAUCUACUAAUACUGUUUAUCAGCAUACUUCAACUCCAACAGGCCGCCAUGAUCUGUCUCAGACUGGUAGACCUAACAUAACUUCCAGUAGAGCAGUUCCCAAAACAGUUGCAAUCAUUUCUGUUGUGCUACUACUGUUAUUAGCAGCUUCGGGUGCAGCUUGGUAUCUCAAAAUUAAAAGAGGACAACAAUUUCCAUCCUGGACCAGAAUGGGGCCAAAACACAUUACUGAAACUGAAAUGUGGAGACACAUUAGGAACAGACAUUGCACGCAAGAACAGACGAGGAAAGACAACAACAACAGGAACUGUGACAACAUUAUCCUUCAGAUGGAAGAAGAUCCAGACUUAGACGAUUCACCAUAACCCUUACAAAAAUUAACUAUGGUUUUACUACAGUUAAAACAAAAAAACAUUGUAACUGUAGUAAAACCAUGGUAACUACAAAAUAACCAUGGUUUUGACAACCAUGGUUCUUAAAAACCAUAGUUUAACUAUGGUUAGUGUAGUAAAACCAUGUUUUUGCUUAUAAUACACCAAAUGGUUACUACACUUUUACCACAAUAAAACCAUGGUUAUUUUUUUAAGAACUGUGAGGGAGCUGUACAUGAGUUAUAUAUGGUUUAUUUUGUUAUUUUGCUAUUCAUUUAAUUUGGUUUAAAAUAACCUUUUUAAACUACAAAAUUGUGUAAAUACUCAUUGUCUUGUCCAUCUUUCAU